GCUACAUUCCUGGAACUCCUGACUACAAAGAAAAAGAAGAUAUGUAUGAUGAAAUUAUAGAAUUGAAAAAGACAAUACAAGCUCAGAAAAAUGAGGGAGAUCGAAUGAAAACUAAGCUCCGACGAUUAGAAGAAGAGAACAAUAGAAAGGAUAGACAGAUUGAGCAACUGUUGGAUCCUUCCAGGGGCUCAGAGCUGGCACGAGCUUUGUCAGAAAAGACAACUGAUAAUGGAUGGGUUGUUAGUGGAUUAAAGCAGAAGAUUUUCAAGCUAGAACAACAGUGCAAGGAGAAAGACAACACUAUUAACAAAUUCCAGGCAGACAUGAAGACCACUAAUUUGGAAGAAAUGAGGAUAGCUAUGGAAACCUACUAUGAAGAGGUUCAUCGUCUCCAGCUCCUCCUGGCAAAAUCUGAGACUAUGAGGAAAAAUACAGAGGGCAGAGAUACCCAAAAACGACUAAAGGCACUGAAUGCUGCUGUCCUGAGGUUAUCCAGGAACAUCAAGGAGUUGCAGAAUGAGAAUCAGAGGCUGAAAGAAGAUCUAGAUCAUGUACUGAGCAGUUCUCCUCCUUCCAAUAAAACAAAAAAUUAUAGUGAGUGGAGCAGACAGAGGCUGAUGAGGCGGAUUUCGGAACUAGAAAAAAAAGUAUGUGCCAUGGAGAACACCAGGGUGUCAUCAGCAGAUAGUGAGCCAUCACAGUUACUUGCUGUGUCAUCUUCGCCUUCUGUAGACCUGGAUCAUCCAGCCCCUCAACAGGUAGACCAUGUUGAGGAAUGUCGUCGCCUCCAAGGGCUAGUGAAGAAACUGAAGAGUGAUAGGAAGGCACUUCAAAAUCUCCUACUCAAUAAAGAAUUAGAUAUCAAGCAGUUACUGCAGGCUAAGGCUGAAGUGGAGCUGGAGCUGCAGAAGUGGCAGAAUAAGAUGGAAGAAAAGAGUACAGAAGAGCAGACUUCAAGUGAGGAAAUCCAGAACCUGACACAGAAAGUAGGGAAAUUGGAGGAAGAGAUGAGAGAAAUGGCGGAAGAUACAAUGGAAAAGCUUAAUAAGCCUUCACCAGUCCGCAUGCUUAAAGGCAAAGAAGAGCACAGGAAGGAACAAGCAGCCAAAAUCAUCCAGAGACAGUGGAAGGUGUACCGAAACAAGAAGGAAGAAAUUGCUCUGGAUGAGGCAGUUGUUAUGCUUCAGGCAGCUUUCAGAGGACAUUUAGCUCGACAGAAACUGUUGCUGAAUAACAGGAUGCGUGAUGCAAAAUCUCACAACAAGAACUCCUGCCUGUCUUCCAUGUCAAACUCCUUGAGCUUGUCUUCUGAUUGCAAGGAGAAAGAUGAGAUUGUGACAUUCAUCCAGUCCAUUUUCAGGGCUCACUUAGCACGUACAGUACUGCUUGAGGAGAGUAUGUCUUUUUGCAGGCCCUCUGUGUCCAGUGCACCAAGUGAGAAAGCAGAUUCUGCAGUUUACAUUACAGAGAAGAAACCGGUCUCAGCAGCACUCCAGAAACCUCCUUCAAUCUUCAUGUCGUCUCUUCCUGAUUAUGAUGACAAAGUGAUGAGUGAAGUAGUUCUGGAAGAAUUUCUAUCAGAAGGGAUAGAGAGGAGACCAUCGGCAUUCAAACUUUCUUCCUUGCAGUCCUUUUCUGGUGAAUAUCAAAAAGGAGAGAUUGGGAGCAAAGCAG